CUGAGGAACACUUACCAUAACAAAUUAAAUGGCCAUUUUAGAAAGAAACAUUUUUUUUUUAACUUUGGUCGGGCUGUGGAAACCUGAGCAUUGGAAAGGAUUUAAAGCUGCUCUGUAUUACUUUUACAUUUGCUUGUUGACAAUUGUUAAUCACUCAUUUCUUCUUUCUGGUGUUUUGGAUUUUGGGUUACGAAAUAUCGACGUUGUUGUGAUCUUUGAUAAUCUAUCAUUGUUGAGUUGUUUAAUCACAGUUCGUUAUAAAAUAAUCACAGUACUUUAUUAUCGUAAAUCGAUUGAAGAAUUUGUAAAUCGUUUUGAACGAGAUCCAUUUAGAGCAAAAGACGAUGAAGAAGAGAAGAUUUAUAUUAAAUUUGAUAACUUUACAAAAACGGUUUCAAUAUUGUAUACGGGGCUAUGCACUGUAGGGGCAUCGUGGUACUCAUUAGGUCGUAUACUGCGAAUGAGUCCGCCUAAUGUGAUGCCUUAUCAAGGAUGGUUUCCUUACGACUAUACAACAUACAAAUAUUAUUGGCCAACUGCUAUAUAUCAACUUUAUGCAGUUUGCAGCGCAGCUUGUGUUAAUUUUGCUUAUGACUCAAUGUUUUGUUCUAUAUUGUACUACUUAUGUGCGCAGACACACAUUCUUAAACAUCGAUUUUCUGUACUGGUGAAAAAUUUACAGAAAAUUAAUGAGGGAAAUGAUGGGAGCGUAAAUAUCAGAGAAAUUGAACGAAAAAUGAUCGGUGACUGGGUUGAUUAUCAUAACAACAUACUGAGUUUAGUAGAAUUUGUGAAGUCUUUAUUUUCAACGGCAAUAUUUGUACAGUACGCAUCGAGUUCGCUUCUAAUUUGCAGUAUUACGUAUACGUUAUCACACAUAGAAACUCGGUCAAUAAAUUUUGUUGGUACUUUAUUGUAUGUCAUAGCUAUGACGAUCCAAAUAUUUUUUCAGUGCAUUGCUGCUAAUCAAGUGACAGUUGAGUUUGCUGACAUUACUAAUGCUCUUUAUAACACGAACUGGUAUAAUUUGAGUAAUAAUGUACGUAAAGCGAUGACAAUCAUACUCGCAGAACCUUUGAAACCUACUUUAAUAAGUAGUGGAUACUUCGUUAUAUUAUCUUUAGAGUCAUUUACAAAAGUAAGUUAUUAUAAAAACAAUUUAUUAUCGUUUGGUGAUGCGUUUCAUUGCUUAAUAUCAUUUUUAUCAACAGGUUAUUAAAUUAUCAUAUACUAUUUAUAAUGUAAUUGAAUAAUGUAAUUGUAAUUUGCCAAAGUUGUAUUUAAUAAUCAAAUUGUUAUAGUUAUAAAUGUGUUAAGUUUGUCGAGCUCAAGGAGCUCAAAAACUUCCCGCUGUUUUCGAGCUCGUCGAGCUCGGAAAUACUCUUGAAUGUGAUUUUUUUUUAUGAGCUUCUUAUGCUCAAACAAGUUACGUUAUAAGUUCAAGUUUGAAAAUUCAAGAAUCGAAAAUCAUUAAUAAAUAAACGUUUUUGAAAUUUUUAUUCACGAUUAUGUUUAAUAAAUUAAAUGUAUUCAGGCAGAAAUCAACGUAAGUGACCAAUAUAAGGAUUUAAAUGAGUUUUGACUCAGAUCAGAGCAUUAAUAUAUAAACAUUCGAGAAAAAUGAUAAUGUUAUUUAAACUAAAGCACGAGUUACAUGACAUUACGUGUUGAUCGAAAGAGUCUGUAAAGACGAAGAGCUAGUAUAAUUUGUGGACCAUUUGGUAAUUUAUAUUCAGAGUUA